AUGGGAAAACAUAAAAAUAGAGGGUUUACCAAACGAGAAAAGGCGCUUGUGGACUCCCUUUGGCAACAAUUAGCAGAGUCGCUUAACAGCGCAGGCCCGCCAAUAAAGGAUGUGAACGGUUGGAAGAAGAUAUGGACGGACUGGAAAAGUGAAGUGAAAAAGAAGUUGGCGCAGAAUAAAAUCGAAGCCCGAGCCACUGGUGGAGGACCAUUUUCUAAGUAUACAUUGAACCAAACGGAGGAAACCAUUGUACGCAUUUGUGAAAUGGCUCAGAGUGUUGGAGGGCUUUCGGGACUAUCAUUUGGUCUCGAGGAAGAAUAUUUAAUAUCAAGCGAUGACGAUAUCCCUUCAACUUCUGCGAAACGUCCUCGUCUUGACACCUCUAUCGCUCAAAAACCUACGCCAAAAGAAACAACAAAUGAGCGGCUAAAAAAGUUUCUUGACAAAAAAAUGCUUGAAGUAUUACGCAAACAUGAGAAGGAGGAGUAUGAUCCCUUGGAAGAGGAUGACUGA